AUGGCCAAGCUUCGCCUUUACAUCGCAGCCUUGCACCUUUUACUUACUUCCAUCGCCGCAAACGACCUCUUCUUCGUCACCGGCCCAGGCUGCAACCUCGCAUCCGGGCACAGCCAUUGCUACUCUCCACAACCAGGAAGCUGCUGUACUGCAGGAGCGCCUUUCUGCGGCCACCUCUUCUGCAACGACUGCCAUACAGGCAACGACCUCUACACAUUUCCUAGCCAAAGCUGCCGGGGAAAGGCGUACCGCUCGUGCCGCGAGCAGGGUCACGGAAGUCGCUGCUGCGUGGAACUCGGCGGCGGCAAAGGCUGUGCGGCAGAGUGGCACAUUGGUGGCGCGCGCAAGAGAAGCAUGGACACGAAGGCGCGUGAGGAAUGCACGGUGGUACACCACCCAAACCACAUGGUCUAUUUUGAUGAAAACGGUGUGCGAAGGGAGAUUUACAUGCCCGUCCGCGAUUUCUUCAAAGCAUGCGCUCACUACAAGAACGAAGAAUGGGGCGAGCUGGCCAAGUUUCCCAAGUGGGAAAACCAAAGCUAUACCGAAGAUGACGACGUGAGCAACAUUACUGAUAAGAAGGCGUUUUAUUCGGUGCCUCCUGAGGAGGAUGAUCCCCCCGAGACAGAAGAUGCGGACAACGAGAAUGAGGCGUCCAAAGAGAACGAUGCGUCCAAAGAGAAUGAUGCGCCCAAGGAGAAUGACGCCAGUGAGAAGAAGUAA